AUGUCCGUUCCCUUCGAAAUCGACAGCCACUGGCCCCGGUGCCUCCAAGAUGAUGCCCACAGCUUUCUGGAGCUAUGGAUCACAAAGUCUGGUGUGGUCCUCCCUAGCGGAGGUGGAGGCAGUUGCUACAGGAAAGGCUGUUGCAUCUGGAUCCGAUGCCCCUGGGCCGGAGGGAGGGGCGAGAGGAGGCGGAGCGCCCGAUCGGCCAGAGGUGGCGCCGCUGUGAACAUCUGGCAGGGAGCGGAGCUGUCCGGGGAGGGCGGCGCUCUCCAUGGUGCUGAAAGCGGCUCCCGGGGGACCCCUGGCAGGCGCCGAGCGGCAGCGGGCGGCUCCCCACACCGAGGCCGGCGCCUCCCCAGCCUCGACCCGCGGUCCUGUCGCGCAACCGGCCGGGGAGAGUCGGCAGCCCGCCCUCCCUCCUCGCUCGGAGCCAUGGCUGCCUUGACCAAGGUGGCCUACGCCUCUUCCCUCCUGGUGGUCUGGUGGGUCGGCGUCUGCUCUGCAGUCUGUGUCGAAGUGCCGUCAGAAACAGAGGCGGUCCAAGGAUCUCACAUGAAGCUGCUGUGUAUCUCCUGCAUGAAACGGGAAGAAGUCGCCGCCAAUACUGUGGUGGAGUGGUUCUAUAGGGCUGACGGAGAAGUAGCUGAUAAGCCUAUUUACGUGUAUGAGAGUGAGAAACAGCCGAUACUCCCGCCGCAGACUCAGUUCAGCGGGCGGCUGAUGUGGAACGGGAGCAAAGACAUGCAGGACGUAUCCAUCUCCGUGCACAACAUCUCUCUGAACGAUUCUGGGGUCUACACCUGCAAGGUCAACAGGACACUUGACUUCGACAUCUAUCAGCACACCGUCAUCACCUCCACACUGAUCCACCUCACAGUCGUAGAGAAGGCUGGAGAAGACUUCACAUCGGUCAUCUCGGAAAUAAUGAUGUACAUCCUUUUGGUCUUCCUCACCCUGUGGCUUCUGAUAGAAAUGGUCUACUGCUACAGGAAAGUCUCCAAAGCAGAGGAGGCAGCCGAGGAAAAUGCGACUGACUACCUCGCCAUCCCAUCAGAGAACAAGGAGAAUUGUGCUGUACCUGUGGAGGAGUAGCAGGUGAAACCCCAGGGUAUGGUUUGCUACCAAAGGAGUCUCCAGCCGUCCUGCAGUCCUGGUUUGCGGGAGUCCAAUAAUCAGAGGAAGAGGACCAAAGAAAGAGUGUAAAUCCGUUUCAGUUUGUCUGGGACAUUCCACAGCUUUGAC